AACUAGACCCCUAAUAUUUAAGCGGCAAUGUACCAUAUUGGUUUGAAAAGCAGAUCAAAAUUUUAGAUGGUUUUUAUACUCAGUUUAAUAAAAGCAAGGGACCUGCAAAGGCGUAUUUUUUGUGAUUACGCGCCAUUCUGUCGACGACGAGUUUGAACCUGCAAAGAAAAGUCAGCCUGCACCUGCCGUGUUUGGUUGUCCUAGAAUAUCCAUCUGUGGUCCUUUAUAUUUCAAAUAUAUUUAUAAAUAAUUGAUAAUAAAUAAAUUUUUAAUUGAAACGAUAACGAUAAGAGAAUGUACAGCGCAAACGACGGUGACGGGGGAGAAGAAAGUCGCAAGCCUGAAUCUAUAGAAAUGGACACAGAACUGGGGACCUCGUCAAGUUUACAGUGCAACCCUCCACUAACCAAGGGUACUUUAAAUAAACAGCAGUUGGUUAAAAUGGAACAACUGCCCGAACGUGGAUCGUGGUCCUCCAAAAUGGAUUUUAUACUGUCAGUAGUAGGAUUAGCAAUUGGGCUUGGAAACGUUUGGCGAUUUCCCUAUUUGUGCUAUAAAAAUGGAGGCGGAGCAUUUAUAUUACCAUAUAUAAUAACGUUGUUUUUAGCUGGAAUUCCGAUGUUUUUUAUGGAACUAGCUCUUGGUCAAAUGCUGACCAUUGGUGGACUUGGCGUAUUUAAAAUUGCCCCCAUAUUCAAAGGCAUUGGAUACGCGGCUGCCGUAAUGUCCUGUUGGAUGAAUGUCUACUAUAUUGUUAUUCUGGCUUGGGCGGUAUUUUACUUCUUUAUGUCGAUGAGAGCAGAUGUACCUUGGAGGACAUGUAACAAUUGGUGGAACACAAUCAGUUGUGUUAGUCAGUAUGAAAGGAAAAAUUUAAAUUGCUGGGAUAAGAUAAUUGAUGGAGCGGCGAAAAGGGUUUGCUCCGUGUCUGCUGUAAACAUCACAUCUUCAGAACUCACAGAUCCAGUUAAGGAAUUUUGGGAGCGUCGUGCACUUCAAAUUUCACAUGGCAUUGAAGAGAUUGGAAAUAUUCGCUGGGAAUUGGCCGGAACAUUAUUGCUCGUAUGGAUCCUCUGCUACUUUUGCAUCUGGAAAGGAGUAAAAUGGACUGGGAAAGUAGUAUAUUUUACUGCUCUUUUUCCCUACGUUCUUCUGACUGUUCUUCUAAUUCGUGGAAUUACUUUACCAGGAGCUUUGGAAGGCAUUAAAUUUUAUAUAAUUCCCAACUUUUCAAAGUUGUCUAAUUCGGAGGUCUGGAUUGAUGCAGUCACGCAGAUAUUUUUCUCAUAUGGGCUUGGACUGGGUACUUUGGUAGCAUUAGGCAGUUACAACAAGUUUACCAACAAUGUGUAUAAGGAUGCACUGAUUGUCUGCACAGUGAAUUCCAGCACCAGUAUGUUUGCUGGAUUUGUAAUUUUUUCUGUAAUCGGAUUUAUGGCUCACGAACAGCAGCGCCCUGUCGCCGAGGUGGCUGCCUCAGGACCUGGCCUAGCAUUCCUUGUUUAUCCAUCGGCAGUACUGCAGUUGCCUGGCUCACCCAUGUGGUCGUGCCUCUUUUUUUUCAUGCUCCUGCUUAUUGGAUUGGACUCGCAAUUUUGUACAAUGGAGGGUUUUAUCACUGCAAUUAUUGACGAAUGGCCGCAACUGCUUCGCAAACGCAAAGAAAUCUUCAUUGCCAUUGUCUGCGCACUUAGCUAUUUAGUGGGCCUAACCUGUAUUACCCAAGGCGGGAUGUAUAUAUUCCAAAUACUGGAUUCGUACGCAGUGAGCGGCUUUUGCUUGCUAUGGCUAAUAUUCUUCGAGUGCGUCUCAAUAUCCUGGUGCUAUGGAGUCGAUAGAUUUUAUGAUGGUAUUAAGGAUAUGAUCGGAUACUAUCCCACAGUAUGGUGGAAGUUCUGUUGGUGCGUCACCACUCCUGCUAUAUGCUUGGGCGUCUUUUUCUUUAAUAUAGUGCAGUGGACUCCAAUUAAAUACUUGGACUACAGCUAUCCUUGGUGGGCGCACGCUUUUGGCUGGUUUACGGCAUUGUCAUCCAUGCUUUAUAUUCCAUUAUAUAUGGUCUGGCUAUGGAGGCGAACUUCUGGGGACCUGAGUGAGAAAAUUCGUGCUAUAGUUCGAAUAGACGAGGAUGUAUCCAGGUUACGUGAGAAAAUGCAGAGAGAGGCGUACGCUAAGGAGAUUGAAUUCAAUUCUCUAUAGACUUUUAAAUUUAUCUCAUAAAGUUUUAAGACCCUUCUUGUUGACCAAUUUAUACAGCUGCAUUUGAUACCAAUUAAUCUGUUAAUCUUUUUCAAUAAUUUAAACUAAGACAACUUUUACUAGCUCCUAAGAAUUAUCAAUUUAAACCUUAAUUUUUGGAAUGAAAAGUUUUGCUAAUUUCAUAAAUAUUAUAAUUUUUUUCUUAUAACCUAAAAUCUAGUCUAAGCAAGCAACACAAGAUUCUAUGUUUUUAAUGAUUAUUAGAGUAUUUUAUGUGGUACUUACUCAGAAGUGAAGUAAAUCUACAUGACCAUAAUGCAGGAUUUAAAAAUAAAUUAAAAAAUUAAUAAAUUCUUGGCUAGCCUGUGCCAGCUGUCAUCCAUUAGUGUAGGUUACUUGAUACAUACAUAAUAAAAGCAACAGAACUUAUAUUUAAUUUUGAAAAUGUAAAAAGCACAUAUAAGGCAGACUCAUAAAGAUUUUCAUAAACUGAUAUAUUUUCAUUAUUAUCUGAAGAUAAGAAGGCAUUUUAAACUUUAUAAGUGUUUAGAAAUAAGAAUCGCAAUUCCUACAAUGAAAUUAAAUUCGUUUUAUUUAAGUUUAAAGAUAUACAUAAAUGUAUAUAAAAAUAUAUUUGCUUGAAUAUUUAUUUAUAUCAUAUGUCCUAAUAGUGCUUUAAGAAUAUUUCUGUAUUUCAUUGAUAAAAUAUCUAAGCCUUGCUAUAUGUGUCAAAUAAAGCGGAUAUCCACUGAA